AUGAAGUUGGAUGAGUUUGAAAUCCGUUUUGACAAUCCUAGAGGGGUGUUCUGUACAGGAGACAAUGUCAGCGGCCAUGUUGUUGUCAAACUGACCAAGCCAAUGAAGAUGAGAAGUAUACAACUGUACUUUGAAGGCCGGGCAAAGUCACACUGGGAGGUCAAGCAGGGUCGUAGCAAGACAGACUACAGAGCCACAGAGAACUAUAUCAAUCAUACGGUUACUCUGUAUGGUACAGGACAAAACAGUGUAGAGCACCCAUCUGGCUUUCACUCCUACCCAUUUAGUCUUCAUUUGAACCCAAGCCUGCCAUCAUCUUUUGAGGGACGCAGAGGCUAUGUACGUUACUUUUGUAAAGCCACCAUCAACAGGCCAUGGAAGUUUGAUGAGCACACAAAACGGGCCUUCACUGUCAUUCAUCACCUGGACUUGAAUACUGACCCAACUGCUGGGAUGCCAGUUUGGGGGGAGCAGGAAGAGACCGUGGAAGGCUGUUGCUGCUCAUCUGGUAAAAUUCAGGCCAGGAUGACACUGAACAAAACAGGGUAUGUCCCUGGUGAGCCACUCAACUUCACUGUGGAUAUUAUUAAUGAGUCAGACAGCGAAGUUACGGGGCUGGAGGUGGAGCUACGACAGAUUGUCAAGUACACAGGUUAUUCAGACAGUAUAUUUUCAUCUGGCCACCCCAAAUUUCAUGUAAAGAUAGACAAUUAUCCACUGUUCACUGGACAUUUUUUUGUAAAAAGACACUCAGAAGGCCAUCUGAGUCGGUCUGUAUGUAUUCCUGCCUUGCCACCUUCACGUUUAGAUGGAUGUGGAAUUAUUGAUGUCUCAUAUAUGGUUUAUAUGCAGCCACAGCUGAGAUGGUCAUCUCUAAAAAUAGAAAAAGAAAUUAUCGUGGGAACCAUUCCUCUACAAAUUCCUCUGAGUUCGCCUCCAUCGUUUAGUGACAUUGCAAUGGACCUCCCUAUUUCUCCAACAGCUCCGCCGCUGGAUGCUGAACCCCCUCCUUAUCAGGAACCGCCACCAACUUAUGAAGAGAGUGUGUUUGGCCGUGUGGAAAUCAGAGACGAGAAUGAUGAUGUGCACACAGAUGGGCAUAUGUCUUGGGCCCCGUCCUAUCCGUACUAUCAUUGGGAUCCUAGCACGCGGCAUUUCCAGAUGAUUGCCACGACCCAAGGGCCUGCUGGAGAUGUUGGCUACCCCUACCCACCUGCGACCCCUGGGGACACAGACUUGCCUUCCUGUCCCAGAUACAACCAGUUAUAG